GGGUCUUGAGCCAGCAAGUUAGUGGGACUGGGAGAGCGAGAGCUUGGCGCAGUUUCGGCGUUGGUGGUUUGAAUGAAGAGCGAAAACAAGCCGGGCCCCGGCGAUGGACAACAGCAGCGUGGAGGAGACGGCGGCCGCCCUCGUCAGGGAGUAUCUGAGCCGCAAGGGUUUAAAGAAGACAAUUUCUGCCAUGGACCAAGAGCUUCCACGCUCAGAGGGCAGCAUUAACACCCGAAAUGAGCUCAAGAAAGUGCUACACCUCGAAUUCCUUUAUAAACAGAACAAGGCUCAGGUGGUGCCUCUAAAGACAAUGCUUGAGGUAGUCACCAAAUACUUCUUGGAUUACUCUGAAAAUACAAAGAAUGUAGCACGGGACAGUUUUCGAACACCAGCUAUAGUAAGCCAGCGAGCCCCAGCAGUGCGCUUUGACAAUACCUUAGUCAACAUCUACGAUAUCUCUGAUGAAGACAAAGGUGGGGGUGUACCAUUUCACGACCUGAAUAAAAUGGAGGCUUGCAGGUUCUCAAAUGAUUCGCCUAGUUUGGCCUGUAUGUCUGUGCCUUCUUGCAAGACCUUACAGAGUUCACUGAAGAAAAAGGAUCGAUCUCCAGGUGGCAAUGGGUGCCCUUCAGGAGGUGAACCAGGGCUCCUUCCUGUGAACGUCCUAUCACAAGAUUCUUCCAGGGUUAGCAUGUUUCCCAUUGAGGCCAGAGGAACAAAUAUGGAUCAACAGAGACCAAGGUCCAGUCGUAUAGUACGUGGCAUGAUGCCUGGUCCAGUCCGUACAGUACAGGAGGACCCCUCCAAAAAGCGCCUGAGCAAACGAGGCUCAGGAUCCAACCUGACUCUGCACGUAAUUGAGAGUGACGUAGACAGUGGUGCCUGCUUGAAGGGCUACGCACGGCAGUCAAGCAACUCGUGUGAGAACGCUGCUGGGUCCGACUGGUUGCCCGCUGCUGGCUCCCUGGUGGACCACAUGAUGGACGGCACAUCCUCUCAGGACUACCCACAGAUGAAGCCCUCUGGCUACUACCCUGGCAGCCGCUGUAGUCAGAAGCCGCAAGAUUUCAGAUGGUACCACGAGCCAGUUGAUGACCUUGGCAUUGAAAGGUUAUCGGAGCGAGCAAGGUGCCAGACCCCGAGUGGACUCGAGACAAAGCUGCCCCCGAACCUGAAUGCCAACAUGCCUGAAAGGAGCAGGAAGGUGAAGUUUGCUCCAGAGUGCAUGAACAUUGAGCACAAGGCGAGAGAUAGUGAUGCUAUGGAUAUUGAAGACCUACAUGCCAGAAUGUCCUCAAUGUGUUCUGAAAAUCAGCUGGAGGAACGACUACAGUUAGCUGACAUCGAUGAUGAUGACUUUGAUGAAGUUGAUGAAAUUCCAACCAUUAGUUCGCUUCGUAAGCAUCACAUCGAUUCAAAACCCAUAGACCAGCAACUUGCAGUACAGCUGAAAAACCUUCUGUUUGGCUCCAGUUUCUGCUGCUUUGCUGAGGAAUGGAAGAUACAGAGUUUCACCUUCAAUGAUCUACCCGAAUUAAAAUACGGCAUCGUUCAGAAGAAGGGUGGUCCCUGUGGGGUUUUGGCUGCAGUUCAGGCUUGUGUCUUGCAAAAGCUGAUCUUCGAAGAUGUUGCCAGCAGCAGCAGUGAAAGCAUCCUCCCACUACCCCACAGGGAGCUGCGGCCAAGCAAUGCUCAGCGAUCACAGAGUCUCGCAUUGGCCAUCGCAGACAUACUAUGGCGUGCAGGUGACAGGAGGAGAGCGGUGGUUGCACUGUCAACAGGAAGACAGCAGUUUAUCCCAGCAGGAAAAUAUAAAGCUGACGGGACUGUAGAAACGAUUAUAUUGAAUACGCUGACAAACUUCAAAGAUCUGACCACUUUUCUUCAGCAAAAUGUUGGCCAGUUUGAGAUUGGACCGUUUGGCUGCAUUCUUCUGACAUUGUCUGCUAUUUUAUCCAGAUCCAUUGAAUUAGUAAAAUCUGACUUUGAUGUCCCCACCAGUACGUUGGUUGGAGCCCACGGCUACUGUACACAGGAACUCGUGAAUCUGCUGUUGACUGGUAAAGCUGUCUCCAACGUUUUCAACGAUGUUGUGGAGCUGGAUUCUGGCAAUGGCAACAUCACAGUCCUCAAAGGAAUUUCAGGGCGCAGUGACAUUGGACUGCUGUCUCUCUUUGAGCACUAUAGCAUCUGCAAGGUUGGAUCCUUCUUGAAAACUCCAAAGUUUCCAAUCUGGGUGGUGUGCAGCGAGAGCCACUUCAGCGUCUUGUUCUGCCUGAAGAAGGAGCUGCUGAGCGACUGGAAAUUUGAGAGGAGAUUCGACCUGUAUUACUAUGAUGGCCUGGCCAAUCAGCAGGAUGAAAUCCGACUGACAAUUAGUGCAUCAGAGGGCUGUUCAUUGGAAGGAGAAGAUGAUUUAAUUCCCCCAUUGGAGCUGUGCAUCAGGACAAAGUGGAAGGGAGCAUUUGUAGAUUGGAAUGGAACCGAACCCAUCCUGUGACACAGUGGACUAUAACCUCGGAAGUGAAUCCUGGAACCUGUCCCUCGGGAUUGAAAGGUGUAGGAAUCACACAGCAACACCUUCGCUUCUGCAAUGCCACAGAUGAUAACAGGAGAGGCCUUUAAAUUUCUCUAUCGUCGGGUGGCACACAACAGCACCACCAUCCAUUAAUUUCCCUCAUUUCCUCUGAAUAUCAACCAGGGUUGGGGGUGGGAGGUGGUGAUUGUAACCCCAAGGCAUACAUUUGGGAAGCUUGUGAACCAGGCACCACCAGUCUGUCCCACAGACAAGCUGCCAGAAUAUGGUAUUUGGUACACCCCACAGUUAUACACCUUGAGUCAUUUAAAAGAUGUCCUGGGAUAGGAGACCUUGCUGUUUACCAUUAACUUAAGACUCGUGGUGAAAUUCGGGUGUUUUAAGAAUGAUCGGUGUAUCGAGUGGGGUCAUUGGGAAGAGUUAAUCUCUUCUGGCAAUGCCUCAAGUGAUGAGAUGAAAAUUAAACUGAUACCUUAAUCCAACUUUAUCUCCCAAGUUGACUUGGACUCAGCAAAUGCAACUUAAAGUGUUGCACUUGAGUCAAUUAUGUCUUUGAAGUCAAUUAUAUUUAUGAAAAUAGUGAAGUAGGAAUUUGGACUGAAGCCAAAUUGUCCUGUUGGUGUUAUGUCUCACCAGGAGGCUCCGAUUUGAUGGGAGACUAUAGAGCCACAGUUCCUUAACGGAAGUCAGCAAAAUCCUUUUAUCUGAUCAGCCACCAUAAUCGUGCUGAAUAUAAUAAUGCUUAAUAUAGCCCCUUAAUAUAUUAAUAGCAUAUUAAUAUAAUAAUGUUAAAAAGGGGCUUUAACGUAGGUCAUUCUGAUUAAUUGUGUAGAUCAUGAGUGCACCUUAUGACUUCCAUCUAUUUAGGUGGAGUUUGUAGGAUAUAGCACGAGUCAUAAAGAGGAGAAGUCAGUACAGACUGAAAGUCUUAACUCCAUUAAAGCAGAUGAGUCUGUCUCGUCACCUGCUGGCUGUGCUCUGACUCCGUGUGGGGGAAAGUGCACACCUUCUUGCCCACAGUGGUCCACAGGUAUUUCCUGGGAUUGAGUGGGCAAGGCAUCAGCAAAAGCUGGGUGAGGUGACAGAGAUGUGGACGUGGUUGGGGUGGAGAGGGAAAGCGGAUACACAGGUUGGGGGGAGACACUGCCGUGAUGCUGUGGAAAUGGGGAGAGGGAGAAAACGCUUGUCCAGAGGUCACGUCAGUUUUGAGUGUCAGCUCCCAACAGUCUCUUUGUGGACUGUUAAACAGCUGUCAGGUUAAACAUUGAUAUUUGAGAAGUUGUUUCUACCAAUAUAGUGUAUCUGUAAUGUGAAUGAAUUAGGCGUGGGAAGCUGAUCACCUAAUUUGGACCAUUUUUCCCCAACAAGGACCAAUUUCUCUCUUGUAGUCUUGUAAGCAACAGAGGAAGGGGCUCCAAACACAAAUCUUGUAAUUAACUAUUGGGGUUGCUGGUAAAAUAGCCAGAAGACUCUAACCUUUUUUGUUUACAUCAAAGCCUGCAUAUUUCUGAGAACAAGGUGUAACCAAUUGUGCAAAUUGUUCCCGUUACCAGUCAUUUUUGCUCCAUAUCCCUGGUGUCACUGCUUUCAAAAAGGUGUCUAUCCCAUUUUAAGCAAACGGUGUGUACCGCUGGGCAGUAUAUGCCAUGGUAUUUGUUUUAUCCUGGUUAAGAACUUGCUAUCCAUGAAAUACAAGUGGAUGCAAAAGAUCCCAGGCACUUUUCGAAAGGUGCCUCUUUAUAACCUGUCUUGCAUGGCAUUCAUUACGAACCAGUUUGGCCAAAACAGGUUAUUGUCUCCGUAAUAUGCACUCCGUAUAUAUACUCUGUAUAUUGUCUCUUAAGAGACUCUUGGAUAUUUAUUGCUAUCUUUGGCAUUAUCCUGUGCAAAUUGGCUAUCAUCUUUAACAAACAAACCAAACGUACAUGAGCCAUGACACCUUGGGAUGUCCUGGCGACGUGAAAUGCAUUACAUGACACCAGCUUAGUUCUCGUUCCUUCCUUUCCCCUUUCCUUGCAUGGAGUAACCCCAACCUCCUACCCUAUUCCUCCCAGGGACAGCAAACAAGCCCACCCUAUGCCACCUCUGGGCUCCUAUGCCAAUUUCUGCACGUCCUUUGGGACAGACCUCAGUCCUGCUAGUUUCUGGCUAGGAAACAAGGCUGCUCUACAUAAGUGAGGCAUGGUGGUGAGCAAGUCUGCCUCCCGUCUGUGUGCCAACUGCUUUCCACAGUUUUGCCUCCAAUUCCCCAUGUUUUAUUUUGAUCUCUUGUUAAGAGCCUUUUAGAUAUGGCCGGUAUUUGACAGAAACCAUGGCAACACUCUAAUCAGCUUAUACUUUCUGAAUUUGAUACAUAUACCUUUAAAUGUUUUCCUAACAAGAUGCUUGUACUAAUUUUAGGGUUCAUUUUCUGUAACUGGUUGCCACGCAUAGGUCAAAUCCAGUGUGCGUUACACUGAGAUGGCUAAUCCUUCCAUAAAGUUUGGCUGUGUCUCAUUGAUUUGGGUUGUUUGGAACAUAUCCAAUGUACAUGCAGGUAAAUAUCUUGUUUAUAUAUUAAUUUCUUCCUGGUUAUUACCUGGAACCAGGCCGUGAGAAAUACUGUGCUCUUGCAUUGUUUCGUGUGCAGUAAAAGAAUGCUGUGGAUUUCUUAAAUCGCUAUCUUGUUUAAAAGUCUAAAUGAACUUACUUGAUUCAGUGGAAACCUUGACCACUUUACACACCAAUUAUGUAGCAAAAACUGCGUAAUAAGCAUUUUACCAGCAUAAGUUCAAAGAGCAUGGAGGAUGAGCCACUUGACUGCUUCCUCUGCUGUUUGAUUUUGUGUUUCCUAUUAAACAUUUACUGAGUGCAUGGAUCCCUAAUCCAUUGAAUAUACUUAACAAAAUAUUUCAUUGCAACAUGUCUGUGCAUCCAGAAUAGCAGAUGUGCAGACCACACAUCGACUGCUGAAGUGUGCAGUAAUUAAUCACCAUUUCCACCCCGUGCCAUGUUUAUGGAUUAACUCACGGAUACUUCGAUAAAAUUAUUCAUUCAGUAAGAUCACAAGCACUUUGGUCAUAUCUCAGAAUCUGAAAGUGUCCUAGUUUACGUACUGGACUUGUGACAAAGACUCUGCAGUGUAAUUACAGCUUCUGUGCUUCCGGGUUUGGCUUGCCUGGAGAGUUGAGUUACACUGGGUUGAAGCACUGGUGAUUAUGGAUCAUCCAUGACAGCAAUGAGACCAGUUUAAGAUGAGGAAUUCAAUGCAUGCACAAGGGGUGUGUUGAACAGUAUGUAUGCAGCUUGGUUCAGUUGCUACACACAAAGCACUGGAGGAACCCAGCAGGUCAGGCAGCAUCUA